AUGCUGUCUCGUUUGGUUCGACAAAUAUUACAGGCAACGGUGUAUGACGUUGCAAUCGAAACCCCACUCGAAGCAGCGCCACGAAUUAGUGAAAAACUAAACAAUAACAUUCGCUUUAAACGCGAAGAUUUACAACCUGUCUUUUCCUUCAAACUACGCGGUGCGUAUAACCGUAUUAGUCAAUUACCGAAAUCUCAGUUGGAACGUGGCGUUAUUACUGCUUCAGCAGGUAACCAUGCUCAGGGCGUGGCUUUAUCUGGUCAAAAGUUAGGUAUUCGCGCCAUUAUUGUGAUGCCAAAAACCACCCCUGAUAUUAAAGUUCAAGCAGUAAAACGUUUGGGUGGUGAUGUUGUGCUUCACGGCGACUCAUUUGAUGUUGCUAACAAGUAUGCCAUUCAACGUGCAAAUGACGAAGGUUUAACCUUUAUUCCGCCUUAUGAUGAUGAACUGGUUAUGGCCGGCCAAGGUGCUAUGGCGCUUGCAGGUAUCAAAAAAUACGUUGCGGCACAUGGUCUUGAAGGCAAAAAUAUGGUGUCGAUUGUUUGCGGCGCCAAUAUGAACUUUGAUCGUUUACGUUAUAUUGCUGAGCGUACCGAACUCGGUGAACGUAAAGAAGCCAUUUUUGCAGUGACCAUUCCAGAAGAAAAAGGUUCUUUCCUGAAUUUCUGUCGUGCUUUGCAAGGGCGUAAUAUUACUGAGUUUAACUACCGUGCCAGUGAUGCAUCUGCCGCUCAAGUCUUUGUCGGUAUUAGCUUAAAGGCUGGUGAAAAAGAACGCCAUGACAUCUAUGAAGCCAUGAAAUUACAUUAUGAUGUCGAUGAUUUAUCGGAUGAUGAAGUUGCAAAAUUGCAUAUCCGUUAUUUGAUUGGGGGUCAUGCCGAUAUUGCCAAUGAACGUUUGUUCCGUGUUGAGUUUCCAGAACGCCCAGGCGCUUUAUUAACAUUCUUGGAGCGCCUUGGUCCAACCCAUAACAUUAGCCUAUUCCAUUAUCGUAAUCACGGUGCAGCAGAAGGACGUGUUUUGGUUGGCUUGGAUGCAGAAGAUGCGGUACAAAAUCCAGAUGGACUGAUUGAGACUUUGGAAAAUAUCAAUUACCCAUAUCAAGAAAUUACCAAUAACUUAGCCUAUCUACUGAUAAAUACCUUGCAUGAAGCACAUCAAAUGAUGUGCUUCAUCAGAACAAUUCGAAAAAGUUAA